CCCGGUCGCGGCGUACAGCCUGCAGAUAAAUGCAAAUUUAGUUCGGCCAACAAUCGCGCAAUUAAUUGGAAAUAAUUGCUGAAUUCAAAGCGAAGGCAACCGGAUAAAAUAUUUACGAAAUUUUGAUUACAUUUCGCGGCGGCAACAAAGGCAUUUGAGAGAUGCAAUCGAGGAGAAUAAUUUCAGGGGAAGCGAGUUUUCCACUCGGCUUCAUCCUAACGAGUUUGCUAUUGGUUUUAUUCGAGUGCCAUGGAGAGAGGACAAAUGUGGGUCUUGUCUACGAGAAUACCGAACCGGAUCUCGAGAAGAUCUUUCACCUGGCCAUCAGCAAGGCGAACGAGGAGAACGAGGAUCUGCAGCUGCACGGCGUGUCCGUCACCAUUGAGCCGGGAAACUCCUUCGAGACCUCCAAGAAGCUCUGCAAAAUGUUGAAACAAAAUCUGGUGGCCGUGUUUGGGCCCACAUCGAACCUGGCUGCCCGUCACGCAAUGAGCAUCUGCGACGCCAAGGAGCUGCCCUUUCUGGACACGCGCUGGGACUUUGAGGCUCAGCUGCCGACCAUCAAUCUGCACCCCCAUCCGGCAGUUUUGGGCGAGGCCCUGCGGGACAUGGUGGCGGCGCUGGGCUGGGAAAGCUUCACCAUCAUCUACGAGUCGGGCGAGUACUUGGCCACCGUGCGGGAGCUGCUGCAGAUGUACGGCACAGCCGGACCCACGAUCACGGUGCGGCGGUACGAGCUCGAUCUGAACGGAAACUACCGCAAUGUGCUGCGGCGUAUACGCAACGCGGAUGACUUCUCGUUCGUGGUGGUGGGCUCGAUGGCCACGCUGCCGGAGUUCUUCAAGCAGGCCCAGCAGGUGGGUCUGGUGACCAGCGACUACCGCUACAUCGUCGGCAACCUGGACUGGCACACCAUGGACCUGGAGCCGUACCAGCACGCCGGGACCAACAUCACCGGUCUGCGCCUGGUGUCGCCCGAGAACGAACAGGUGCAGGAGGUGGCCAAGGCGCUGUACGAGAGCGAGGAACCCUUCCAGAACGUGUCGUGCCCCCUGACCAACAGCAUGGCCCUGGUCUACGACGGCGUUCAGCUGCUGGCCGAGACCUACAAGCACGUGAACUUCCGGCCCGUGGCCCUCAGCUGUGCUGAUGACAGCGCCUGGGACAAGGGCUACACUCUCGUCAACUACAUGAAGUCGCUAACGCUGAGUGGCCUCACGGGUCCCAUUCGCUUUGACUACGAGGGACUGCGCACGGAUUUCGAGCUGGAAGUCAUCGAGCUGGCCGUUUCGGGGAUGCAGAAAAUUGGCCAAUGGAGCGCCGAGGAUGGCUUUGAGGAGAAUCGCCCAGCUCCGGCGCACUCCUUGGAGCCGGAUAUGCGUUCGCUGGUGAACAAAAGCUUCGUCGUCAUCACGGCCAUUAGUGAGCCCUAUGGCAUGCUCAAAGAGACCUCCGAGAAGCUGGAGGGCAACGAUCAGUUCGAGGGCUUUGGCAUCGAGCUAAUAGACGAGCUGUCCAAAAAGCUGGGCUUCACCUACACGUGGCGCCUCCAGGUGGACAACAAGUAUGGCGGAAUUGACCCCAAAACGGGCGAAUGGAAUGGCAUGCUGCGCGAGAUAAUGGACAGUCGCGCUGACAUGGGCAUUACGGACCUGACCAUGACUUCGGAGCGGGAGAGUGGCGUGGACUUCACCAUACCCUUCAUGAGCCUGGGAAUCGGCAUUCUGUUCCGCAAGCCGAUGAAGGAGCCACCAAAGCUCUUCUCCUUCAUGUCGCCGUUUUCAGGGGAAGUCUGGCUGUGGCUGGGUCUGGCCUACAUGGGCGUAUCGAUCAGCAUGUUCGUCCUGGGUCGCCUUUCGCCGGCGGAGUGGGACAAUCCGUAUCCCUGCAUCGAGGAGCCCACGGAGCUGGAGAAUCAGUUUAGCUUCGCCAACUGCCUAUGGUUUUCCAUAGGCGCUCUGCUUCAGCAGGGAUCUGAACUGGCUCCCAAGGCUUACUCAACUCGAGCCGUGGCCGCAUCCUGGUGGUUCUUCACAUUGAUUCUGGUCUCCUCCUACACGGCCAAUCUGGCUGCCUUUCUCACCGUGGAGUCCCUGGUGACACCCAUCAAUGAUGCCGAUGAUUUAUCGAAGAACAAGGGCGGUGUGAACUAUGGCGCCAAAAUUGGGGGUGCUACUUUCAACUUUUUUAAGGAAUCCAACUAUCCCACCUACCAGCGGAUGUACGAAUUCAUGAGGGACAAUCCUCAGUACAUGACCAACACCAACCAGGAGGGCGUGGAUCGUGUGGAGAAUACCAACUACGCCUUUCUGAUGGAGUCCACCACCAUAGAGUACAUCACAGAGCGUCGGUGUACGCUCACCCAGGUGGGAGCGCUGCUGGACGAGAAGGGCUAUGGCAUAGCCAUGAGGAAGAACUGGCCGUACAGGGACACACUCAGCCAGGCAGUGCUGGAGAUGCAGGAACAGGGCCUGCUGACCAAGAUGAAGACCAAGUGGUGGAAGGAGAAGCGCGGCGGGGGAGCCUGUUCGGAUUCGGACGAGGACUCUGGUGCCGUGGCCCUGGAGAUUAGCAAUUUGGGCGGCGUUUUCCUGGUGAUGGGCGUGGGCUCCUUCUUCGGCAUAUUUGUCUCCCUGCUCGAGAUGGUGCUGGGCGUUAAGGAGCGCAGUGAUGAGAACCAGGUGAAUUUCAAAACCGAACUUCUAGACGAGCUUCGCUUUAUAAUACAAUGCUCGGGAAAUACCAAAGCAGUCAAGUACCCAAAGAACUCUUCGCGAUCUAAUGCCAGUUCGAAAUCAAAGGGCUCUUCCAUGUCCGUGGAUUCGUUGCCGGAGGAUCCCUCAGAAGCGGCAUCUGGCAAGCAUAAUAAUGCUAAAAAGUAAUGGACGUUUACUUCUUUUGUAGGCCUACAAAAACUUACUGAAUAUCGAAAGCCACCCCUU